AUGGACCCUGCGUGCUUAACGGGGGUAGAGCGACUCUGCUCGGAGGAGGUGCGGAAGGUCCUCCUGGAGAGUGGAAACCCUUCCGCCAGGGCGGUGUAUGAGGCCGAGUGGAAAUGCUUUGCUUUGUGGGCGGAGCAGGCAGGGACGGACUCGAUGGCAACCUGUUCCUGGCUCCAUCUCUCCAUGAAAGUGGCCUUCCUGGUAGCCAUAACUUCCAGUAGGAGAGUGGUUCUUCAUUUUAUCUUUUUAUUUUUGGACAGGCAUGAAGAUGACAAACUUGUUAAAUGUCAUCAGUAUGAUGGCCUUGUAGAACUAGCAAUGAUCUGUGCACUUUGUAAUGACUCUUCUUUGGAUUACAAUGAAGCUAAAGGAGUGUACGAAAAGGUUGGAGAAGCUACGGAGACUGCACUCACCUGCCUGGUUGAAAAGAUGAAUGUAUUUGAUACAGAAUUAAAAGGGCUCUCCAGAAUUGAACGUGCAAAUGCUUGCAACUCGGUCAUAAAACAACUCAUGAAGAAAGAGUUCACUCUGGAAUUCUCACGGGACAGAAAGUCCAUGUCUGUCUACUGUACUCCGAAUAAACCAAGCCGGACAUCCAUGAACAAGAUGUUUGUUAAGGGUGCUCCUGAAGGUGUACUUGACAGGUGUACACAUGUUCGUGUUGGAAGCACUAAAGUACCAUUAACACCAGGAAUUAAGCAGAAGAUCAUGAUGGUCAUUCGAGAGUGGGGUACUGGUAGAGACACAUUGCGUUGCUUGGCUCUAGCAACACAUGACAAUCCACCAAGAAGAGAAGAAAUGAACCUUGAGGAUUCUGCAAACUUUAUUAAUUAUGAGGUUAGUUUGGUAAAGGGCUUGUCCCUCCUUUAUUUCAACAGGUCUUCUGCAGUGUUCCCUCUAACAUUUUCCAUCCUUAGGCGGGUUGAAAUUUCUGAUGUGCACCACCAAUAUUGAGGUUGUAUGUGGAUG